CCCCAGCAGACAUUUCCCCCUGCCCUAUACAGUAAUUCAAUAUUAAAUUAUUACAUAAUAUUAAAUUAUUACAAUAUUAAAUUAUCAUCUGAAAUGUUUUAAUGAUUUUCAUUAAGUGUUUGGAUAAUUUCUGGUGAAAGAUAAAUUUUUUAAUACAAAUAAAUUUAUUUUGAGAUUAACGAAAUCUCUUACAUAGAUCUAGUACGACUGAUAUUCACGCAAAAAUUAACCAAAAAAUGAUAGUAGUUCCGCACUUGCUCUGUUUCGUUUUCUCAAUCAAAAUUAUGGCGGGACUGUAAAUACCAUUGGUUUUGUAGUAAACAUAACUUCAAAAAUGAAAAUCAAUGUCUGUCCAGAAACUGAAUGAUGGAAUUUUUAUUCAGAAACCCGUAAAAACUUUCCACUUCACUGAUGAAACAGAUAUCAUUGAUAUUAGUUGUAGUUCUUCGGAUAGUUUACUUUCCGAAACUGAUCAGCAUUUGUGCAAUGACAAUUGUGCAUUGAUAAAAGUAAAAGAAGUACUUGAUCCAAGUUUUGGAAUGUAUGUAUGGCCUUGUGCACCUGUUUUAGGAAAAUAUAUUUGGCACAAUCGAAAAAGACUCAAAGACAAAGUAAUUAUUGAGUUGGGCUGUGGAACUGGUUUGAUUUCAGUUCUUGCUGCUAAAUGUGGUGCUUAUCCAAUUCUGACAGAUUCUAAAAAAUAUGGUCCUGUAUUCAAAAUAGCUGAAGAAAAUAUGAAGCUUAAUAACAUAGAUUGCAAAGAUUUUGAAAUUCAAGAAUUGACAUGGGGUUAUAUAACUCCUUUUAUAAUUAGAAAUAGACCAAUCGAUUUCAUUUUAGGAUCUGAUGUUUUCUAUUGUCCAAAAGAUUUUGAAGACUUGAUUGUUACCGUAUCUUAUAUAUUAAAGAAAAAUGCUGGUGCUGAAUUCUGGUGUACUUAUGAACACAGAUGUAUGCAUUGUGCUUAUAGUUCAGAUUGGAAUAUUGAUUAUUUGCUAAGAAAGUGGGACCUGUGCUGCAGAGAAAUUUCCCUUGAAGAUUUUGGUGCUGAUCGCUUUAGUGUAGCUGGCCAUGAUUUACCAGGUUUAAAGACUAUCAGCCUAUUUGUUUUUAGUUAUGCCAAAUAACUGCAUUCUUUAAAACUUAUAAAAGUAGUAAAUUUUUAAAUAUUCCAGUGUAUUAUAUAGGAAGAAAUGAAAAUAAUAAAUCAUUAAUAUGA